AUGAAAGAAAAAGUGUUUGAAAAAUCAUAUUCAUAUUUUCAAACUAAAAAUUUGAUAGAGAGAAAGAGAGAGAGAGAGAUGGGAUUUGGAUUCAGAAAUCAACAACAACAACAAAGAGCUCCAGGUAAAGGAUUAGAGUUACCACAAUCUUUAAAAGAUGAAAUAAACUCAAAGAAACCUGCUCGUGAUGAAGAACGUCCUGCUUUUAAAAGUUUUAACAAUAAUAAUAAUAAUAAUAACAAUAACAAAGAAUCAUACUCUACAUCAUUUAAUAGAAACAAUAAAAGAGGUAGAAUUAGUAGAAAGGAUGAAAGAAAGGCUGUUAGAGAUGAUAAGAAAAAGAGAAAACUUGUAUUUCAUCAACAACAGUUUGAAAGAAGAAACCCAGAAAAGGCAGAAGAACAAAGAAUAAAGAGAAGAGAUGAAAUCAAGGUAAAGAGAGAAAGAACUCAAAAGAAAUGGGACAAGUAUGACAAAAAGAUGCAAGAUGAACGUGACCAAGAACAAAGAGAAAGAUUAGAAAGAACAAAAGAUAGAAUAUUAAAGGCUGUUGGUGUCAGAGGUAGUGAUAACUUGGAUGCCGAUGAACGUGAAAUCAAAUAUUUGGAAUCUAAAUUGGGUAUUGCCAAAAAGAAGAAAAAGAAUGGUGAUACUUAUAUUAGUCAAACUCUUGUUGAUGAUGGUUUAGAUACAUUAUUUAAACCAUUGUCUGAAAAUGAUGGAGAUCAAAAGAAACAAGAUAGCGAUGAUGAUAAAGAUGGCGACGAUCAAGAAUAUGAUGAAAAUGACUUUGAAGAUGUAUUGGAUGACAAUGAAAUAGAAGAUUCUGGUGAUGAAGGUGAAAUCAAUCUUCUUGGUGAUGAUUCAGAACAAGAAGGAGAUGAAGAAGAAGAAGAAGAAGAAGAAGAAGAAGAAGAAGAAGAAGUUGACGAAGAAGUUGAUGAGGAAAUGGAAAAUGAACAAGAAAUGGAUGAUAUGGAUGAAUUGGAUGAAGAUGAUUUGGGUGAAUACGAUGAUGAUCCAGAUGCAUUAUUUGAUGAAUUGGAAGAUGCUUUAAGUGCUUUGGAUGGAUCGUAUGGUGCUGACGACGAUGAUGAAGAUGAUGAUGAUGACGUUAGUUAUGACGAGGAAGGUGUCGAACCAUUGGAGGAUGCAGAAUUUGAUCCAAACGAAUUAAGUGACGAUUAUCCAGAAAUCAAUAGUGAGGAUGAUGAAGAAAUAGAUAGUGAUGAAGCUUGGGGCAAAGGUGGAAGUGAUGGUGAAGACCAAGAUGACGAAGACGAUGAAGAUUUGGAUGAUGACAUUGAAGGUGGAGAAGAAGGAGAAGAUGAAGAAGAAGAUAACCCAGAAGAAGAAGAAAAAGAAGAUAAAGAAAUUAUAACAAAGGAAGAUAUUUAUGGUAGAGUUUUAAAUGCAGAGACUGGAGAGAUUAUAAAGGAUAAUGUUGGUGUUGGAAGUCAAGGUAUGGGUAAAUAUGUCCCACCUCAUUUAAGACAACAACAACAACAAACUGAAAAUAUUCAAAAUAAUAUCAACAAUAAUAAUAAUAACAACAAAAAUAGUACUACUACUACCUCUGCCGCUCCAUUAACAUUAAAGGAAAUUAAUUUAAAGAGAAAGAUUAAAGGUAUAUUAAACAAGUUGGCAACUAAUAACUUUCAUAUUAUGUAUAAUGAAAUCACACAACUCUUUAAUGAACAUCCAAGAAAUAUAUUAAAACAAUUUUUAAUUGAAUUGAUUCUAAUUAAUUGUGGAGAUAAACAUCAAGUUGUUAAUAAUAUUAUUCAUGCCAACACAGCAUUGAUUACAGCAAUCAAUGGUGGAAUUGGUACUGAUUUGGGUGGUGCCUUUAUCGAAGAAUUAUUCCAAGCCUAUCAAAAGGCAUACGCCAAACCAGACAACUUGUCUGAAGUAUCAAACUAUCUCGUUACUAUUUGUCAUCUCUACAAUUUCCAAGUUCUUAGUAAAUCUUUGGUCGUUGAUUUGGCCAAACGUUAUAUUGGCACAUUUUCAGAAUUGGAUAUUAAUUUAUUAUCUUUAAUUAUUCAAAAUAUUGGAUAUCAAUUAAGAGGAGAUGAUCCAACUUCAUUAAAAGAUAUUAUUUUAUUGGUUCAAAAGAAACAUGGUGAAUAUAAAAAUGAAAAGGGUGAUCAAUUGUCAAAGAUUAACUUUAUGUUGGAUAUGAUGACCAAUUUGAAGAACAAUAAGAUUCAAAAUACAAAGUUGAUUGAAACACUCACUCAAUUGAAAAAGGCUAUUAGAUCAUUAUUGAAAUCAUCCGAUUCUAGCAUGAAGUCAAACACUAUGAAUAUUUCAUUAAAGGAUCUCGAGUCUGUUGGAAACACUGGUAGAUGGUGGUUGGUUGGUUCAUCAUGGGCCGGUGCCAACACUGCCACUAAAAUGUCUGACCUCAGAACACCAAAUGCCAAAGGAGGUAUGGCUAUUCAAAGUAACAACUAUGGUAGUGAUCUCUUAAAAUUGGCAGUUGCCAAUCGUAUGGUUACAGAUAUUCAAAAAUCAAUCUUUUGUAUUAUCAUGUCAAGUGAAGAUUUCUCAGAUGCAUUUGAUAAGAUUAUGAAAUUAGAAUUAAAAGAUAAACAAGACAAGGAAGUAGUUAAUAUUGCAUUACAUUGUUGUUUAAAGGAAAAGAAGUUUAAUCCAUACUAUUACCAUUUGUUGGAUCGUCUUUGUCACCAUGACCGUGCCUACAAAUCCACAUUACAAUAUAAUCUUUGGGAUCGUCUAAAGAAUCUUUCAAGCAUGUCUAAUGCAUUGUCUGCCGUAUCCAACCUUGCCAAUGUCUUGGGAAGACUUAUCGAACACUCUAUCUUUCCUCUUACCAUUCUACGUAACGUCGAUUUCCACAAUCUCGAUCCAGUGUCGAUCGUAUUUUUCCGUAUCGUUUUCACAUACAUCCUCACCUUGGAACAAGAAGAUCAAGCCCUUUCCAUCUUUGAACGUGUCGUUCUCAUUGAAAGAGAGUCUGCUCGUUCCAAAAAGACAGAUGAACAUCUCCAAUCGAUCGAUACACUCAGAAAGGGUGUAGGUGUCUUUUUCAUGCAUGGCCUCCUUCCUUCCAAUCCUCCAAAGAGUCAAAAAGAAAAGGCUGACCUUGAAUUACUCAAAGCUCGUGCUAAAGCUGCCAAACAAAUGAUGAAAUCUGAUAAUCAAUUUAAUUUAAUUGGUCUCUUCACUUGGCGCUCAAAAAAUUUUCAGUUGAUAAAGAAGAUGACAACAAAGAAUGAUACCAAGAAGGUAGACGCUACUGCUAACAAGAAGAAGGAGGAAGUUGCUACUACUACUGCUACUACUACUGCUGCUAACAAGAAGAAGGAAGUAGUUGCUGCUGCUGCCGCAUCUGAUGCCUCUGACGCUUCAUCUGCUGAAGCCAAGGAUGAAACUUCAACCACCUCUACAGCAACCAAGGGCAAGCGUAAGAAAGCACCAAAGAGCAAGAAGAAACCAACCAAGCCAAAGGAUCCAAAUGCACCAGAAAAGGUUAAGAAGCCAAAGGAUCCAAACGCACCACCAAAGAAGAGCAAGUUGGAACGUUUGCGUGAAGAGAAUGAAAAGUCACACUUUAUGAGACCACUCCAAGAGAACCUUGAAAAGGGUGGAAAGGCCGAAAGAACAAAGAAGGAAGUCGCUCGUUUCGAUCCAUCUGUCAUUAACAAGCACUUUGAACUCUCUACAAAGGGCAAGGAUUUAGAGACUCUCUCUGAAGAUUCCAAGUCUAGAUUUGGUCAUCUCAACAAAGAUCAAAAGGAAGCUCUUCAUACUUUAUACAAGAUAAUCUAUGGACACACUGCCAAGAAGGCUGGAGCAAAGAGUGCUUCAAAGGGUCUCCUUGAGUUCAAGGGUUUGGACAUUAGUUUGGACAGAGAAAAGGAAAAGCUCACUUCCCUCGUUGACAAGUUGGAAAAGGAUGAAGUCGUUAAUAUCCUUGACGUUUUGUUGAUCAAGUCAUCUGGCAGCUCCAAGACCAUCAGAGCACUCUUGGAGAAAUUCAUCAUCAGUCCAAAGAGCGUCGAGUAUCUCUCAUUUACCCCAGAGAAGAAGGACACAAAGAAGAAGGAUACAAAGAAGAAGGAUUCAAAGAAGAAGGAAACCAAAAAGGUAGAGUCUGAAUCUGAAUCUGAAUCCGAAUCUGAAGAUGAAGAGGAAAAGAAGAGAACCACCAAGAAACAAAAGAAGGACGACGAAAAGCCAAAGAAGCCAGAUACCAAGAAGUCCAGCAAGAAGGACGCCCCCAAGGAAGAGUCUGAAUCAGAGUCUGAAGAAUCUGAAUCUGAAGAUGAAAAGGAAACUGCCAAGUCCAAGAAGGACGCUGCUGCCAAGAAGGAUGUUGAAAUGAAGGACAAGAAGUCAAAGACUGAUGCCAAGAAGGACACCAAGUCAAAGAAGGAAGAAGUCGCACAAGAAGAAGAAGAAGAAGAGGAAGAAGAAGAUGAACAAGUUGAUGAAGCCUCCAAAAAGAAGGAAGCUGACAAGGCAAAAAAGACCGCUGAAAAGGAAAAGGCUGAUGCCAAGAAGAACAAGGCCUCCACCACUGACGCCAAGAAGAACAACAAGGCUGUAACUGCUGCUUAA